AAUUAUUAUUCAUGAGCUUUCGCCAUCAAAUCGUCAUUGGUCCUGCACAGCGCACGUUUACUCGAGUAACUUUUGUUAUCAACUUAGAAUUGUGCUUAAAGAAAAGAGGUUCGGAGAUUAAAUAAUUGCUAAAACACACAUUUAUACUGUUCCAUUUGUCUCUUAAAUGUUUGUGAAAAGAUGCUAAACCCGUCUGCAAACGGCGAGUCGUCUCUUGUUGUGGGGAAUUACGUUGAGGAGUACCUGGAUCUCGUAGAGUCUUUGCCGUUGGACCUACAGAGAUGUGUGUCGCACAUGAGAGAAAUAGACGCCAAAUAUCAAGAAAUUCUCAAGGAACUGGAUGAGAAUUAUGAAAAACACAUACAAGAGUCAGAUCCUGUACAGAAGAAGCGUCUUCUCCAUUGGAUCCAGCGCUCUUUGAUCCGCACAGAAGAACUUGGAGAUGAGAAGAUCCAGAUCGCAGGCCAAAUGGUAGAUCUGGUGGAGAACCGCUGUCGGCAGCUGGAGUGGCAAGGCGAACUUUUCCACGCCUGCCAAGACUCGCCGGAAAGCACUGUAUCUGUGGGCAGUGCCCCCUGUGCCGUAACAACAGUACCUAUGACGCCACUGUCUACAUCACUCCUGUCAGUGAGUAAACCAUGUGUGGAAAAAAGAAGAGAUGAAAUUCAGAGCACGGUUGACAAAUCCGGUGGAAAGCGAUCACGAAGGCAAAAAAAUGGUUCGGACAACCGAGAAAACUCAAAUUAUGGCGUGGAUCACAAUGAGGAGCUUGGUUCAUGCACGCCAAAAGAGAAAAAGGCUAAGACGUCAUCCACGUCGUCAAAGAAGAAAAAGAGGUCAAAAAGCAAGCAAGAUAGAGAGCCAUCACCAACAGACCUGCCCAUUGACCCAAAUGAACCCACUUAUUGUCUUUGUGAGCAGGUGUCUUACGGGGAGAUGAUAGGUUGUGAUAAUGAUGAAUGCACAAUUGAAUGGUUUCACUUUUCAUGUGUUGGCCUGCACCAUAAGCCCAAAGGAAAGUGGUACUGCCCAAAGUGCAGAGGCGACAAUGAGAAAACAAUGGACAAAGCUUUAGAGAGGUCAAAGAAAGAACGGGCGUACAACAGGUAGUGUCCAGUUUACCUGGUUGCCUUGUAUAAUUCCAUAUAGGGUCCAAGUACCCUGUGUUUUUUAUUGAGAGUAACCUGUAUGAUGUUCUUAUAGACCAAGUUUGGUAACUGGUUUGUAUAUCUCUUAGGGAUAUAUGUUGUGCUAAAGUCGGGUUACUUUUCAGCUAGCAAGUAUCUGAAAUAUAAUUUCAAAAGCCAGUAUAUUGCAUUUUUAUUAUUGUUCCCACUUUUGUAUCUGUGCUUGGCAUCACUGUAUGUGUGUUAACGUAAAACAAGACCUGCUUAAUGCCGUGUUUUCUCCAACAAAUGAUGUAAUGUAAAUGAGUAUGCGUUUAUCACUGGUACAUGGACAGUAGCUUGCCUCUUGCUUGUGCCCUAGUUUUCAGUUCGAAUAAAAUAGCUGUGCAUUGUCAAUACAAGGAAAGUAUUACUCAUGGUGGUUGUUUGACCUUUUAUUUAGUAUUUACAAGUGCUGAAAAAUGAGAUUGCCAUCCAGUGCAAAAUCUGUACACAAAAUUUAGAUGUUCUGUAUAUACAAUAGAUUAAAUGCUAGGACACACUCAAGCAUUCAUGCAUGUAACAGGGCAUACAUCUGAAAAGAUAAAGAUUUGGAAAAGACCUGACGACAUUUGUUUGGACUCUGUAAUGCAAGCCAUGAUAAAAUGUAUGGUAAUUAAGUUACUUGUAUUUCACUAGAAUUGUGGAGAAUAUUUUUAUACUUGAAGCAGUUCCAGAAAAUGUUCAGUUUUAUGACUAGUAAAGGUUUUUUACACUGA